AUGACCGACGAGUUUGUUGACCGUUCCCACAUCCUGCACCGGGCUUUCUCUGAGCGACCCGCCAAGAUAGUUGGAGGGAGGAAUGGCAAGAAAGUAAUCGAUGCCAGUUGUGGCCCUUCAGUGUCCUGUCUCGGUCACUCGCAGCCCGAAGUCUUCGACGCUAUCACAAGUCACCUCAAGAAUGACAUUGCUUAUGUCUACUCUGGCUCUCCUUACACUAACGGCGCGACCGAGGAGCUUGCCGAUAUACUUCUCGCUGAUAAGCCCGGUGGCUUGUCCAAAGCGAUUUUUGUUAACUCGGGCAGCGAGGCGACUGAUGCGGCUCUUAAGCUAGCUGUGCAGUAUUGGCACGAAAGAGGCCAGCCUCAGCGGACACACUUUAUUUCUCGGAAACAGAGCUAUCAUGGCAACACUAUUGGUGCUCUAUGUGUCUCGGGUCAUGCGUCACGGAGAGAAUUCUAUAAGGACUUUUUGUCAUCCAAUGUCUCCUUUUUGGAUCCUUGCUACGCAUACCGUAUGAAAGGCGAGCACGAAUCGGACCAAGAGUUCGCUCAACGUUUGGCUCACCAAUUCGAGAAUGAGGUGUUACGUGUUGGCCCUGAUCGGGUUGCAGGCUUCAUUGCUGAGACUGUUAGUGGCACCACUUUGGGCUGCCUACCCGCCGUGCCUGGUUAUUUUAAGGCUAUUCGGGAUAUCUGCGAUAAAUAUGAGAUUUUGUUAAUUCUGGACGAGAUUAUUUGUGGCAUGGGCAAGACAGGCACCAUGCAUGCCUGGGAGCAAGAGGGUAUACGCGGCCCCGAUAUUCAGACCAUCGGCAAGGCGCUAGGUGGAGGCUUCGUUCCCCUGUCCGGUGUUUUACUUCACCAGAAGAUAUUCGACGCUUUAUCUGCAGGCUCUGGUGGUCUCGCACAUGGUCACACGUUCCAGGCCCACCCGCUGGCAUGUGCUGCCGCCGUCGCGACCCAAAAGAUCAUUAAGCGCGAUAAUCUGAUUGAACGAGUGGCACAGAUGGGCCACAAGCUUGGAAAGUUACUAUCUGAGGAGAUUGGCCCUCUUCCGCUAGUUGGCGAUAUCCGUGGCCGUGGUCUGUUCUGGGCUGUUGAGUUUGUACUGGACAAGAAUUCCAAGACGGCUUUCUCGCCCAAGGAUAACUUUUGUGGCAAGGUUGUGAAGAACGCCCUCAGCUCGGGGUUGAAUAUACUUGGAAACCUGGGCCACACUGGUGAGUACCAGGUUGAUCACGUCUUGGUCUGCCCACCUUACAUCACGACGGACGCCGAACUUGAGAAUAUUGUCUCAAUUCUUAAAGCUGCUGUUUUAGAGACGAGCCACCCAUUCGUUGAAGGGUGA